AUGCCACUCGGUUAUUUGAGACAUGUUGGUCACAAAUUCAAGCAGAACUUUGUUCGACCAAGGUCUUUGAUCGGUGCGCAGUCAAAUAGAUUCGCCCAGAAAGUGAUCUUGAGGCAAAGUUCUCACUCUUCCAGGGUAUCCAGCGAUCAAGUUCACAAGAAAGUUACCAUCAACACUCUCGACCGUCUUUACCAAAAAGGUGAGCCGAUCACAGUGCUCACAGCCCACGACUUUCCAAGCGCUAGCGUUGCCGACGCUGUGGGGAUUGAGGUGGUGUUGGUUGGAGACAGCUUGGCGAUGGUCGCCAUGGGAAUGGAAGAUACAAAUGAAGUGACAAUGGAAGAAAUGUUGCUCCAUUGUCGGAGCGUUUCUCGGGCUGUCAAGAGUGCCCUCGUUAUAGCAGAUCUACCCAUGGGCUCAUAUGAAUCGUCCCCUGAAGAGGCAGUUCGGUCGGCCAUUCGAAUGGUGAAAGAAGGUCAUGUGAGUGCGGUGAAGCUUGAGGGAGGCAAGGAAAUGGCCCCAACAAUCCGGAAGAUCUCACAAAUGGGCAUUCCCGUCAUGGCCCAUGUUGGCCUGACUCCUCAGCGACAGCACUCUACCGGCGGUUUUAGAGUCCAGGGAAAAACCAUCGCCGGGGCAGUCAAGCUAUUAAAGGAUGCCCUUGCCGUCCAGGAGGCUGGCGCUUUCAUGAUUUUGAUAGAAGCAGUUCCUCCUGAGGUGGCUGCAAUGGUGACGCAGAAACUCCGAGUUCCAACGAUCGGAAUCGGGGCAGGAGCAAACUGUUCAGGUCAGGUUCUGGUACAAGUUGAUAUGACCGGAAAUUUUCAACCAGGGACUUUUACGCCUAAAUUCGUGAAACGGUACGCUGAUGUUUGGGGAGAAGCCUUUCGAGGAAUUGAUGCAUUUAAAAAGGAAGUGAAGGACAGGACUUUCCCUGCAGAGGAACAUACUUACUCGAUUCCAAAAGACGCCUUAGAGGGGUUUCAAAAGUAUGUCAAGGAGGAAUCCUCGGAAACCUAG